UUCUUGUGCGUAUAAAAAUCAUUUUUUACCUGAAUUAGAUUUAGAGGAAUCUUUAAUCUUUAAUACCAACGAUUGCACAUGAUUAUUCCCUUUUUACUCUCUCAACUCAACCUCACUUCUUGAUGCACAAUUUGUCUUUAUCACACCACACUUUCCACAUUUUCACUUCAACUAAACCCAUUUCUCUCUUUCCCUCCUCACAAGCAUGUGAAGAUUCUUCGCCGCGAUUCAAUGCCACAGAUUCCACGCUGUCUGCAAAAUUUUCAAGAACCACCCCUUUAGAGGUUCUUUUUCAUUUUUUUUUCUUGUGGGUUCAGCGAAAGAUUGAAACUUUGAUGCGGUUUAGUUCACGGGGUUUUGUUAAAAUGUUGGAUUCAGAGGCUGUUAUUGUUAUCAUUAUAAUUUAAAUAAAAAGCAUUAUGGUGGCUAAAAUCAGGCAAAGUGUUGUUAACUCUCCAAAUCCAACAAAACCAGUGGUUGGAGAGAUUGACACCAGUCCACCUAUUCAAUCUGUUAAAGAUGCUGUUUCUCUAUUUGCUGAAGGUGCUUUGUCUGGUGAAAAACCUGUCAUUAAGAAGGCAAAAUCUUAUUUUGCUGAGAGUGUUUGGGCAAAGGAGUCACAACUUCACUUAGCCCAGAAAGAGCUCACAAAAUUAAAGGAACAACUAAAGAAUGCAGAAACUACCAAGGCUCAAGUUGAGGUGGAGCUUGAAAAGGCUAAAAGAGUGGUUGAGGAACUGACACAAAAGCUUAAAGUUCUCGGUGAAUCCAGAGAGUCAGCAGUUCAGGCAACAGAAGAUUCUAAUAGUCAAGCAAAAAAGCUGAAAGAAGAAAAAUGUGGUGAUCUUGAUGGAACCAAUGGUGCUUGGAAAGAAGAGUUAGAAACUGCUGUAAAAGGUUAUGCUUCUACCAUUAAAGAACUUGAUGUUGCAAAGCAAGAACUGAGUCAAAUUCGUCAGGGGUAUGAUUUAUCCUUGGAAGCAAGAGUUACUGCUCUCAAGCAAGCAGCAGAAGCUGAAGAUGCAACGAAGGCAAACACCGAAAGAGCAUCUGAGUUAUCUAAAGAAAUUUUGGCUGUACAGGAAUCCAUUGAGCCAAUGAAGGCUGCAUCUGUCCAAGCACAACAACUGCAAGAAGAGAUAUUAGCCGAGCAUAACGUUCUGAGACAAUCAUAUGAAGCUAAACUUGAAGAAAUAAAGAAGAAUUUGCUUGAUUUAAAGAAUGAAUUCAAUCCAGAGCUUACCAAAAAUCUUGAAGUGCAGCUGUCUGAGACAAUGAAUGAAAUUGGGAGUCUUCAAGAGCAAAUGGAAAAUACAAAGAAAUCAGACCUGGACUCUUUGAAAAGUGUUACUGUGGGGCUUGAUGAUGCUAAGGAAUUACUGCUGAAAUUAUCAGGACAAGAAAAUUCUGUUAGAAGCACGGUGGAAGCUCUUAGGAUGGAGCUGGAGAAUGUGCAAAGAGAACACUAUGAAUUGAAGGAGAAAGAAUCCAAAACUGAGUCAAUUGUUGAGAGUCUGCGGUUAGAGCUCCAGAAAAGUGAGGCUGAAAUUGAAGCCAACUUGGCCAAAGAAUCAAAGGCUAGAGGUGCAUCAGAGGAAAUGAUCUUGACAUUGAACCAGUUGUUGUUGGAAACUGAAAAUGCAAGGAGGGAAACACAAGCUAUGAAGAAUGAGGCAGCAGAAUUGAAGAUGGAAGCUGAAGUCACCAAACUUGUGUUUGAAGAUGCAGAAAUAAAGCUUAAAGAAGCAUUGGAAGAAGCAGAAGAAGCUAAAGCAGCAGAAGCAAGUGCUCUUGAUCAGAUUAGGGUCUUAUCUGCGAGUACUAGUGAUGCUGCUCAUUCAUCAACUUCUGAGUCUGGUGCAAAGAUUACAAUCUCAAGGGAGGAGUUUGAGUCCUUAGUUCAUAAGGCUGAGGAGUGUGAUAAAUUAGCAGACAUAAAAGUGGCUGCUGCCACAGCACAGGUUGAAGCUGCAAAGGCUAGUGAAAAUGAAGUUCUUAAAAGGUUAGAGGAAACUCAGAAGGAAAUUGAGGACAUAAAGACUGAAACACAGGAAGCCAUGAAAAGGGCAAACAUGGCUGAUGCAGCAAGGAGGGCAGUGGAGAGUGAGCUCAGAAAAUGGCGCGAACGCGAACAGAAGAAAGCUGCAGAAGUUGCAUCGCAAAUUUUGGCUGAAACACGGAUGUCACCAGAACUGUCUCCUCAGCACUACAGGAUUCAGAAGCAGAAUUCACCUCCAAACAAGGUGGAGAUGAAGAAGUUAGAAAAAGGAAAAGUGUCAGUUUCAAAGAAAGUUCUGUUGCCAAAUAUCAGUGGCAUCUUUCACAGGAAGAAGAACCAGGUUGAGGGAGGAUCCCCUUCUUACCUUCCCGGGGAGAAUCCUCAGUGAAAUUUGUUACAGUUUUGUGCAGAUCAUGAAUUUGAGAGACAUAAUAGCUUGUGCGAAAGUUGAGGUUAAUGCAAUCAGGUUUCUUCUGUCAUCAUGGUAUGAGGUAAAAUAAUUUUGAAAUGUUAAUAGUUUGGUCACAACUAUUUUAUUAAGGCAACUUGAGUAGUAGAUUAUUGUAUAUUGUUAUUUGAUGUCUGGGAAGUAUGAUAACUAUCAAAAACUACAUCGUAAUCUAUCUGGUUAUUCUUCUUCCCAA